AUGGAGCGGUUUGUUUCAGCUGUAAAAUGUCUUACAGAUAACCUACUGCAAACACAGUCUUCAGAUUAUCAAGAGGUGAUAGAGAAACUCUACUCUGAAGUCUAUGGUCUGGACGGUUUCCCCAAAAUACCAGAUCAACAACUUGAGGAGUGUGCUAUCCAGCUGUGGAACUGGGCUGUUACUAAAAAUGUUGGAACCACAAUAAGUAAAAAUCAGAAAGCCAAAGUGCGUCAUGUUGCAUGCAGUCUGCUAUACUGCUGUGACCCUGAGAAUCCAACAGAGGGCGUCAUCCGCAAGCAGAUCCUGAUGGCCAGCAAAACAGGGAGAACCUGGCUGGACUGCAAAAAUCCCCAGAUGGCAGAUAACUUCUUACAGCUUGCUGUCAAAGGCCUGGAAAUCCUCUAUGGCCAUCUUACUUCCAGAGGUGACGGAGCAACUGAUAUGGGAUCAUCAAAGGGGGAUGUAGAGAAGGAUCUGCUUCGAGUUCUUUCAUACCAGGCAGAGUCGGCCAUAAUUCAAGGGAACAACCAUGACGCUGUGGUAUACAUGGAGCGCUGUAAAGACAUGCUGCAGCGGCUACCAAAAGAUACUGCGUAUCUCUCCCUUAUGUGCUACAACUUUGGUGUUGACACUUACAAUCUGAAAAAGUUUGAGGACAGUGCAUUUUGGUUGAGCCAAAGCUAUGAUAUUGGGAAAAUGAAUGUGAAAUAUGCCCCUGGAUCUGAAGUCCAGGCCAAGGUUCUGAGGCUCCUAGGCACUGUUUAUUUAGAGUGGGACUGUCAGAGGUUUCAGGAGAAGGCUCUUAAUGCUGUCAGUUUAGCCAAUAAGGAAUCUGUGAGUGCAUCUGGGCUGUACUUAAAGAUCAAAAUACUCCUGAGAUGUGGGGUCUCAGAUGAUCAUAUCAGAGUGGGAUUACAAGAGAUGCUGGAAUCUAAGGUUCCUCUUGACGUGUGUCUGAGCACAGUGAAACUACUCAUGUCUGAAGACAGAGAAGUGCUGUCAUUUGAGUAUUUGAAACGUGUGUGUCAGCACUUUGAGUCGGCCCCUGACCUGGGAACUGCUCUUGUCUUGCACAUUGAGCUACUGCUGCAGAAAGGAAAGGAACUGUUGGGCAAACAGAAGAUCGAGGACAUUAUCACUGGCCACUACACAGGAAAACAGCUGACUCCACAGGCCCUCACAAGUCUGCAUGUCAUGCUGUGGGAUAAAGCAUCUAAACACUUUGAGGCCAAAAACUACUCAGAGGCUCUUCAGUGGUACAACUACUCCCUGGGUUUCUUUAAAGCUGGUCAAAUGGAGCCAAACUCAGCCAAACUGCAGAGGAACAGAGCUUCCUGUUUCCUCCAACUAAAGCAGCUGGAGAAGGCCAGAGAAGCAAUAAAAGAAGCAGAGAGAUGUGAUCCGGACAACAUUUUCACUCAGUUCAGUGUGUACAAGAUUGCAGUGCAGGAGAACAAUGUGGAGAAAGCUGCAGAGGCAGUGAAUGCAAUAGGACUUUUAUCCAGGUGUCCUGUUUCCACUGAGGACAGAUUGCUGGUAUCUGAGAGCGCUGCUUUCAAUCUCCUCAGCCUGGCUGCUCAGAUUGCUUUAGAGAACGAACAACAGGAAACUGCCAUGAAGGCACUGGAGAGCUUGUGUGACAACUCCAAAGAUGAGGCUCAGGUUCUGACUGCUCUCAGGUGUUUGGUGCGACUUGUGCUCUCAACAAUAGAAAAAUCGAAUGAUACGACAAGGACUGUUAAUCUGGAUGUUCUUCUGCCAUACUUAAAAAUGGCUUUGCAGAAAGUUUCAUGCCAGUCUUGCAUGACUGUUGGGCAACGUGCAGAAGAAGCUAACUGGUUCAGAAAGAUUGCUUGGAACUCAGCUUUGCAGUGUGAGAGCAGCCCUGACAGAAUGAGGGAUUUCUUUGUUCUCUCCUACCAGCUCUCACAGCUGUGCCCUGCUGAUCGAACACUGCUCAUGGGCCAGAAGACGUGUCUGCUCAUGGCUGCUGCUGCAUCUUUGGAGCUCUGCAGGAAGUCUCCUUACUCUGCCCAGACGGAGGAGCUCACUCAGGCUCUGGAGCACAUUCAGAUUUGCUGGGAGAUUUGGAAAACCCUUAAAGCAUCAGGAAACUUCCCCAUGGACCCAACAGACACACUGCUGCUGCUGUAUGAAUUUGAAGCUCGUGCUAAGCUAAAUGACCCCAAAGUGGAGACAGUUCUGGAGUCUGUCUUGGAGCUUGAAAAUGUUGAAACCAAGGUGCUUGAAACCAUUGCAGCUUUGGCUAUGGAGCCUCCAGCCCACUUCCCUCUGCUGUGUAAGAAGGCCUUGAGGGUUACUCUCUCUCUGCACAAGAAACAACCACUGGCUGACCUGGCUCGCUGCAGUAAGUGUGUUCACAGCCUGAUCAAGCUAUCCCUCCCAAGCGGUGUGUCUGAGGUGGAGGCCCAUGUGCUAGAGGAGGUGUGGGAAUACUACGAGGAGGCCCUGUCCAUCAUUGCAGCCGCACCGGAAGACUUCCCAGAGAUGGAGACCCUGUGGUUGUUGACGCGGGCGUGGAAUACAGGGAUACUGCUAUACAGCCUGGCUCAGUACCCCGAGGCUGAGAAGUGGUGUGGCCUCGCCAUGAGCUUUGUCCAAUACCUUGGAUCUCUGCAGGAGAGCUACGAAAAACAGAUGUCUGGUCUCUACAGUGAAAUCCUGGACAGGUUGGACAAAGCUAAGAAAAAGAUCAUCAUGGAGGAAUAACAGAAUAAGCUCUUGGCAGCCUGGUGUUAACUUCCUAUUCUGAGAGUGGACUGAAAAUACUCAGGCCCAUCCGUUUUUCCACAGGUAACUGUUGUUACUGUUGUGGUAAAAUGUUCAUUAAUGU